AUGCCGAGUGUCAUGCCUGCGGAAAAACUGGCCAUGUUCGUAGAAUGUCUAAAGAACCCCAUUGUAGUCUCGCACAGCCAUCGGUCGACGAGGAAACCAGCUCUGUGUUUUUCCUACGAACUCAAAGUUAACGAGCCCAGUACCUACCACUUCACAAGCACGCAUGAUUUCACCUCGGCUGGUGAUGAAACGUUUGCAAACAAAUUGCCAAGCUCGGCGAACAGGCGAAAUGCCCAGUACAUACAGCAAGAUGUGACAUUCCAGUUUGGCACGAAGCGUAAUUUCAUUGUGGAUACCGGAAGUACGGAAUCUAUCAUUUCAACUGAAGUACCGUAA